AAGAAGACGUGAGUAGGAGCAGCCAUGUCGUACAUGCUGCAGCAUCUGCACAAUGGCUGGCAGGUGGACCAGGCCAUCCUGUCAGAGGAGGACCGGGUUGUGGUCAUCCGCUUUGGGCACGACUGGGACCCCACCUGCAUGAAGAUGGACGAGGUUCUCUACUCCAUAGUUGAGAAGGUGAAGAACUUUGCUGCCCUCUACCUGGUGGACAUCUCUGAGGUUCCGGACUUCAACAAGAUGUACGAGUUGUACGACCCCUGCACAGUGAUGUUCUUCUUCCGCAACAAGCACAUCAUGAUCGACUUGGGCACAGGCAACAACAACAAGAUCAACUGGGCUCUGGAGGACAAGCAGGAGAUGAUCGACAUCAUCGAGACUGUGUACCGAGGAGCCCGCAAGGGACGUGGCUUGGUCGUCUCGCCCAAGGACUACUCCACCAAGUACCGAUACUGAGUGUGUGCUUUGUUUUGUGCCAUCAUUUUGUCAUGGGAGCAUGGCUGGUGACUCUUUCUACCAUUGCCAUUGACUGUCUACCAUUGUCAAGCACCUUCCAUCCUCCAGUGCUUGAACUCAAUUCACCCGAGGACAACUUCUUCAGGUAUCGCUGCCAGACUGUGCUUGUUUUGUGAGGGCUAGCCAAAUUGGCUUUCUCUAGCCAGCUCUCUAUAGUCAUGUGAUUUCUUCUCGCAUUGUCAUAGGUAAGUAAACUAUAAAUGGCGUUUACUUGUAAAAGAAUCAAAACCUGGUCGGUAUACAUUCAUCUUCAGAACAAAGCGCCACCGGACAGGGCCGAAUAUUUGUAAAAAGCGUCUGCUUUAGAACGUGCUGUGCCUGUAGGCACAUUGUGCUUAAGGUGACGUUUGUUUGAUUUGAAUUCUGUUGAUGUUGAGUUCAGGUGAAAUCAGCUAAGGAGCCAAAGUUGCUGAGGAAGCUGUGAUAACAUAUUUGUUGGUUGUGUCAUGUGCUAGGGACAAACUGAGUUGAUUUGGUUGUUAAAGUUGGCAGAAGAAAGUUGCAUAUAUGGUGGAAAUGCAUACCACAAGAGUGCAGAUGUACAUGAGCUUUGUUCAUUGUGCAUCACUCCAUUCAGCUGUUGGUUGUGUGCACCAAUUCAGCCUUGGCAUUUCUUUUUGUUCCGCACUUCGAUGUAUAGUAACUCAGCAUAACUUGUUCUUGGACGAAUUGGUUAAUGUUUCAUUAAGCCGCUGUAGCGCAGAAUAGGACAAAGGACAGAGAACCAGACACCAUGGGCGCUACACUUACUACUGAUUUAUUUUUUUGCCUCAGCCAAGCAGGAAGAAUGUGAAGUAAUGCAUAUGCAUACAGGUUCAACACAGCAAAGAGAAAGAGUUGAAUCUCACUUCCAAAUAGACAGAUUUGCUGAUGCAAUCCAUGAGUCUUUUUUAUGAUAUGGAAAGCCUCCAAAGUGCAGGAGUUUAUUUGCUUUUGCCCAAAAUUCUGCAAUGACAAGCAGGAAAUCAUGAUCACCAUCAAAGAUGCUGCCUGCUUGUCUGGAACAGUUAACUGCUUCAGCGGUACUUCAUGUUACAGUUUUUGUCAUAUUAGAGUCUUGAAAAAUGGCCCAUGUGCCCCUUUCUUUUAAAACUGUAGCCAAGUUUUCAUCUGGUCCAAGGGCAGAUAAGGAAGAUCCAGUUAAAGAGGUUCUCUCUCUGUGCUGCUUAUUAUUUAAGAUGUAGUUUUUGUGCCUUUUUAUUGGUUUCUUGUACUUGCAAACAGCUGAUGGUCUGGUUAUGUUUGGUUAAUUUAAAGUGAUGAGUUUUCUACAUCAAACACAGUUUCAAUCAUUUUAAUGUUUAGAAAUGUAUAAGCGAGCUGAAGGAGGCAAAAUGGCUGUGUUUUUGCCAAUACGUAGGUGAUGUGUUUAUGACAUCACAGAAAAACAUUGCAUUUGUUAUUAAGUCAGUGUAAAACACCGUUACUGAAACUGUGGCAUUACAGAAAUUGUACACAAAACCAUGCAUGUUCAGCUGCAUUAUAACUGUAAAUAAAACCAUUCAGAAUGCAUAUUGA